AUGGAGACAACACAAGACUGCGCCUGUGACAAACUUGUGCAAGGAUGUGUAAUCUCUAUGUGUUCUCUGUAUGUAGAGAAGGAACGCCACGUGAAAGCCAAUGCGCGGGACUACAAUGAAAAGUUUUCUUAUGCAGACAACCACAUCAAAACCUCAAAGUACAACGUCUUCACCUUCCUGCCCAUCAACCUGUUUGAGCAGUUCCAGCGGGUGGCCAACGCUUACUUCUUAGUGCUGUUGAUACUGCAGUUAAUUCCAGAAAUUUCCUCUCUGUCGUGGUUCACAACCAUCGUGCCUUUGGUGUUGGUGCUGGUAAUCACGGCUGUGAAGGACGCCACAGAUGACUAUUUCAGACAUAGGAGCGACCAGCAAGUCAACAACCGCCAGUCUCAGGUUCUCAUCAUGGGAAGUUUGCAGAAUGAGAAAUGGAUGAACGUUCGAGUGGGAGAUAUCAUCAAACUAGAGAAUAAUCAGUUUGUUGCUGCAGACCUCCUCCUCCUCUGUAGCAGUGAGCCCUAUGGACUGUGCUAUAUUGAGACUGCAGAGCUCGAUGGAGAGACGAAUCUGAAAGUUCGUCAGUCUUUGACCGUCACCUCAGAUUUGGGAGAUAUCACAAAACUGAUGGACUUUGACGGAGAAGUCAUUUGUGAGCCACCGAACAACAAGCUGGAUAAAUUCACAGGAACUUUAUUGUGGAGAGACAAUAAACACCCUCUGGACAAUGAGAAAAUGCUGCUGCGAGGUUGUGUACUCAGAAACACUGAGUGGUGCUUUGGGAUGGUCAUCUUUGCUGGUUUACAAACCAAACUCAUGCAGAACUGUGGAAAGACUAAAUUUAAAAGGACAAGUAUCGACAAAUUGAUGAACACUUUGGUUUUGUGGAUCUUUGGCUUCCUCGUUUGUAUGGGUGUUAUUUUGGCAAUUGGAAACACUGUUUGGGAGAGCUGGAUCGGCAGAAACUUCCAGGUGUUUUUGCCAUGGGAUGAGUUUCAGAGCAGCGCUGUUUUCUCUGGCUUCCUCACCUUCUGGUCCUACAUCAUCAUCCUCAACACUGUUGUGCCCAUUUCACUCUAUGUCAGUGUGGAGGUCCUGCGGCUCGGCCACAGUUACUUCAUUAACUGGGACCAGCGGAUGUACUCCAGUCAGUCGGACACGGCGGCAGUGGCUCGCACCACCACGCUGAACGAGGAGCUGGGCCAGGUGGAGUUCAUCUUCUCCGACAAGACAGGCACCCUCACCCAGAACAUCAUGGUCUUCAGCAAGUGCUCCAUUAAUGGACAGACGUACGGUGACGUCUAUGAUGAAUUUGAGCGGAAGGUGGAAAUUACAGAAAAAACAGCCUGUGUGGACUUUUCCUUCAACGCGCUCUGUGACCGAAGGUUUAAGUUUUAUGAUGGCAGCCUGGUUGAAGCCGUUAAACUGGAGGAUCCAGCAGUGCAGGAGUUCUUUAGACUGCUUGCUUUGUGCCACACUGUCAUGCCGGAGGAGAAGAGCGAAGGAACUCUGGUGUACCAGGCUCAAUCACCUGACGAAGGAGCCCUGGUCACUGCAGCGCGAAACUUUGGGUUUGUCUUCCGGGCCCGAACGCCCGAGACCAUCACACUGUAUGAGAUGGGACAAGCCAUCACCUACCAGCUGCUCGCCAUACUGGACUUCAACAACGUGCGCAAGAGAAUGAGUGUCAUUGUGAGAAACCCGCAGGGAGAGAUUAAACUGUACUCCAAAGGAGCCGACACUAUUAUCUUUGAGCGUCUGGAUCCAUCCAGUGAAGACCUCAUGUACACUACCUCAGAACAUCUCAAUGAAUUUGCUGGAGAAGGGCUUCGAACGUUAGCUCUGGCCUACAAAGAUCUCGAUGAAGAUUAUUUUGACGUUUGGAUGAAGAAGCUCUUAUUCGCCAGCACUGUGAUUGAGAACCGCGAGGAUCAGCUGGCUGUUCUCUACGAGGAGAUCGAGCAGGGCUUGAAGCUUCUAGGAGCCACAGCCAUCGAGGACAAACUCCAGGAAGGAGUCCCAGAAACUAUUGUCUGUCUAAAUCUAGCCGACAUCAAGAUCUGGGUCCUCACAGGAGACAAACUAGAGACAGCGAUGAACAUCGGCUACUCCUGCAACAUGCUACGAGACGACAUGAACGAGGUGUUUGUUAUCUCUGGCCACACACUGCUGGAGGUGCAGCAGCAGCUCAGGAGCGCUAAAGAGCACGUUCUGGGCCUGAGUGGAGUUAGCAGUGCAGGAGAUGUUGAGAAGGCAGAUAUGUCUGCAGAUGACUCAGUGUUUGAAGAAACCAUCAUUGCGGAGUACGCUUUAGUCAUCAAUGGACACAGUUUGGCUCACGCUCUGGAGCCACAGCUGGAGCACGUCUUGCUGGACUUGGCCUGCUUGUGUAAAACAGUCAUCUGCAGCCGGGUCACUCCGAUGCAGAAAGCCCAGGUGGUGGAGCUGGUGAAGAGGCACAAGAGGGCCGUCACCCUGGCCAUCGGAGAUGGAGCCAACGAUGUCAGCAUGAUCAAGACUGCUCACAUUGGUGUCGGCAUCAGCGGUCAGGAGGGGAUGCAGGCUGUUCUGGCAUCAGAUUUCUCCUUUGCUCAGUUUCGGUACCUGCGGCGGCUCCUGCUGGUGCACGGGCGCUGGUCCUACUUCCGCAUGUGUAAUUUCCUGCGCUAUUUCUUCUACAAGAACUUUGGCUUCACGCUGGUACACUUCUGGUACGGCUUCUUCUGUGGUUUCUCAGCUCAGACUGUGUAUGACCAGUGGUUCAUUACCCUCUUCAAUAUAGUCUAUACAUCUUUACCAGUCCUGGCGAUGGGACUUUUUGAUCAGGACGUCAAUGACCAGAACAGCCUUCGCUACCCGAGCCUCUACAAACCCGGCCAGCAGAACCUUCUCUUCAACAAACGCCAGUUCUUCCUGUGCACGCUGCAGGGGAUGGGCACGUCAUUCCUGCUCUUCUUCAUUCCCUACGGAGCCUUCUCUGUCACGGUGAAAGAGGACGGCUCCAACUUUUCUGACCAUCAAGCGUUUGCUGUUACCAUAGCAACAUCCCUGGUCAUUGUUGUAAAUGUUCAGAUUGGACUCGACACUCACUACUGGACAGCUGUCAAUCACGUCUUCAUAUGGGGGAGUCUGAUUGUGUACUUUGCCAUAUUAUUUGCAAUGCAAAGUGACGGCAUGUUUGGCAUCUUUCCAAGUAAUUUCCCAUUCAUAGGCGCGGCUCGUAACUGUCUGUCAGAGAAGAGUGUGUGGUUGGUCAUUCUGCUCACCACGGUGGUGUGUGUUGUGCCCGGCUUAGUCGUCAGCUUCCUGAGAGUAGAUCUCUUCCCAACACCAACAGAUAAGGUUCGUCAUCUCCAACAGUCCAGAAAGAGACCGGGACCUCAGGGACAGAACCUGAGGCGAGUUCGCAGGACGAGCUCCCGCCGCUCUGCGUACGCCUUCUCUCACCAGCAGGGCUAUGGAGAGCUGAUAACCUCAGGAAAAAACAUGAGGAUGAGCACCGUGUCUUCUGCUCGCUCCCCUGAGAGAGCACCACACAGCCCCACCUGGAUAGAAAAUGUGUUGAAGAGAAAGAACGAAGUCUCUUGUGUCUCUGAUGAAAUCACAGGAGCAGCAGAGAGCAGCAGCAGAGCAAAAACUGACUCAACAGCACAAUGACUGUAACUACACUACAGGGUACCGUAUGCAUGGAUCCCACAGACCAAGCACAAGGUAUGAGUGUCCUUCAUUUGGGUGAAUUCAUGCUCAAAUUCAACUACACAGGCAUACCUACAUUUUUUUAUUGGUGUGGAUUCUGUUUAAUGUUAAAGGCCAAUCAAAACAUGAUAAUCUUGAGAAAACAUCUCCAAAAACCAGCUGAUUGAAAACAGAUAACUUUUUCAUCUUUAUCAUGUCAGGCUUUUGUGUAAUGUGCAAACUCAGAUUACGCACAUUAUGCAUGAGUUGCCAAAGUUAAAGAAAUAUUUGUCCUCCUGUGUCAACUGAUCUAAUUUGAUCUUUAAGUGCUUGGAGCAUUUAUUCAAUAUUAUUUUAAUAGCAUGUCCUUUUCUGACUGAUUGAUCUUGUGACAUUUCAGUACCUUAAAGUGGCAGUAGGCAGUAUAUUUUUGGCAUCAUUGGGCAAAAAUUCCAUAAUAACCUUUCAGCAUAUUGUAAUUCAAGUGUUCUGAGAGAAAACUAGACUUCUGCACCUCCUCAUGGCUCUGUUUUCAGGCUUUAAAAAAACUUUGACCAAUCACAGGUCAUUUCAGAGAGAGAGCGUUCCUAUUAGCUCUGCUCUGGUCAUGUCAGACAUGUCAAACAGAGCCAUGAGGAGGUGCAAAAGUUGAGUUUUCUCUCAGAACACUUGAAUUACAAUAUGCUGAAAGGUUAUUAUAGAAUUUUUGCCCAAUGAUGCCAAAAAUAUACUGCCUACUGCAGGUUAAACCAACAGCAACAACUAUAUCCUCUUUUAUCCAUCAAGUUUUUAGUCGAUAUUUGACCAGAAAGAGUGAAAGGGGAAACUGUCUGGAUGAGGUAUGAUGUGAUAAAAAUCCUUGAACAGAUUUAAAUGCAGAAUGCUGCAGUUACAUUACGUACAUUACAGUACAGUGUGCCUUAGACCACUUAGCUUCCACCAUCGCUGCUCUUUAAUGAAGUGAAAAAUGCUCGAGUGAUGAAGCUAAAGCCCAGCGUAUGAUCAUAUAAUCAGGACUUCUCUACCCUGACUUCCCCGCGGCUCUCACACCUUUAACACAACACAAACCCGACACAUUUAAACAGCCAGAAGAAACAUGUCUGAGUGAUGCUGCUCCAAUGAUGACUACUUCAAUUGCACUGCUAUGU